AUCCUGAUUAUUCGUUGCUUACAGUUUUGGACUUUUGGUUUAAUUUAACACGCACGUAAAUACCACAUGCAAAUGUAAUUAAGUAACACAAAAUUAUAGAUUUAGUUUCGCAAAUAGCUAUAGAGAACGAGAGAAAAAGAGAAAAAAGAUGGAGUUCGCAAACACGAAAUGGGUGGCUGCUGCAGCUAGCAUAUGGAUACAAAGCUUUAGCGGAGCAAGCUACACUUUUGGAAUUUAUUCUUCUGUUCUCAAAUCAUCUCAAUCUUAUGACCAAUCUACUCUUGACACCGUCUCCGUCUAUAAAGACAUCGGCGCAAACGUAGGUAUCCUCUCCGGCCUUUUCUACACCGCGGUUGCAAGCCGAACAAGCGGUAGCGGUCGCUUCUUUGCUGGGCCAUGGUUGGUUAUAUUUGUGGGGCUGCUCCAAUGGUUCGUGGGAUAUGGAUUCAUAUGGAUGGCUGCGUCAGGAGUGAUCGAACGGCCUCCCGUGGCUGUGAUGUGUUUGUUCAUGUUCUUCGCCGGUCAUUGUCAGCCUUUCUUUAAUACCGCGAUUGUGGUCACCGCCGUCCGUAACUUCUCCGACUAUGGUGGGACCGCCGUUGGUAUUAUGAAGGGUUAUCUUGGGUUAAGUGGAGCAAUUCUUGUUCAAAUGUACCACAUCUUUUGUGGAGGUGACCCAAGGAAUUACAUUCUUCUCUUGGCCGUGGUACCAUCACUCCUCAUCUUGACGUUGAUGCCCUUCGUUAGAACGUACGACACAGUCAUCGCAGGCGACAAGAAACACUUGAACGGUCUCUCCGCCAUCUCUUUGAUAAUCGUCACCUAUCUUAUGGUCGUCAUAUUGGUCGAAAAUAUUAUCGGAAUGUCAAUGCCUAUGAAGAUAUGCUCCUUUACCUUUCUACUUAUCUUGCUCGCCUCUCCUCUCUUAGUGGCGGUUAGAGCACAACGUGAAGAGAAACAGAGAUUCUUGUCUUUGGAUUUUCCGGUUACCGAGAGAACCACGUUGCUUGACUCUCCAAAGCUCAACUCUUCUUUCGAUGAUAAAGUUGUCAUGACCAAUGACAUGAACGUUCUCGACGCAAUAUGCACAACAAACUUCUGGCUUCUAUUUGUGGCGAUGAUAUGUGGAAUGGGUUCAGGACUUGCGACGAUAAACAACAUCAGACAGAUGGGCGAGUCACUUCGCUACUCUACGGUUCAACUCAAUUCUCUGGUGUCUCUCUGGAGCAUAUGGAACUUUCUAGGCCGGUUUGGGUCGGGUUACAUCUCAGACACCUAUUUACACAGUCAUGGCUGGCCAAGACCGAUAUUCAUGGCCAUAACCCUUGGCCUUAUGGCUAUAGGUCACAUUGUCAUGGCCUCCGGUGUACUAGGAAGCCUAUAUAUUGGGUCCUUGUUGGUCGGUUUAGCGUACGGCUCCCAAUGGUCACUGAUGCCAACAAUAACCUCUGAAAUAUUUGGGGUUCGUCAUAUGGCAACUAUAUUCUAUACAAUUUCGAUAGCUAGUCCGGUUGGUUCGUACAUUUUCUCAGUGAAGGUAAUAGGCUACUUGUAUGACAAGGUAGCUUCUGAGGAUGAUCAUUCUUGUUAUGGGAAUCAUUGUUUUAGGACUUCGUAUAUGAUAAUGGCAGCCAUGGCUUUGCUUGGAUCUCUUGUCGCUCUUGUGUUGUUCCUCCGCACAAAGAAGUUUUAUGCGACGCUUGUGGCUAAGAGGAUCUUGAAAUUCAGAUUCAGACCGGGGAUUUGCUUUCAAUUUUUCGAGACGAUGGAGAGAAUAAACACGAAAUGGGUAGCAGCAGCAGCGAGCAUAUGGAUUCAAAGCUUUAGCGGUGCUACAUAUACAUUCGCAAUCUACUCUUCUAUACUCAAAUCAUCUCAAUCUUAUGACCAAUCUACUCUUGAUUUCGUUUCUGUCUUUAAAGACAUUGGUGGUACCUUUGGUAUCAUCUCCGGUUUCCUUUACACGACCAUGACUUCUAAGUCACGCGGUUGUGGUGGGCCUUGGGUUGUUGUUUUCGUUGGGUUGGUUCAGUGGUUUGUUGGAUUCUUUUUCAUCUGGGCUUCGGUUGUUGGGUUGAUUGCUCCGCCGCCUGUGCCGGUGAUGUGUUUGUUCGUGUUCUUGGCUGGUCACUCGUUGCCGUUUUUCAAUACGGCUAAUGUUGUGACGGCUGCUCGUAACUUCCCUCGUUAUGGUGGGACUGCUGUUGGUAUUAUGCAGGGAUUUUUAGGUCUAAGUGGAGCAAUUCUGAUUCAGCUGUACCACGCGGUCUGCGGUGGUGAAGGUAACCCUGCUACUUUCAUUCUUCUCCUGGCCAUUGUACCAACGCUUGUCAUGUUCUUGACUAUGCCUUUUGUAAGAGUUUAUGAAACGGUCACCACGAGUGACAAGAAACACUUGGAUGGUCUCUCUGUGAUCUCUUUGAUCAUCGCUGCCUAUCUUAUGGUCAUUAUAACGGUUGAAAACGUUCUCGGUUUAUCACGGUGCAUGCAGAUUUUCUCCUUCAUCCUUGUGCUUUUGUUGCUUGCCUCUCCUCUUUUCGUUGCGGUAAGAGCCCUACGAGAAGAAAGGCAGACACUUUCGUCUCUGGAUCGUCCUGUUCUCGACACAUCUGCCUUGCUCGACCCUCCUAGUUCAAUCAUUUUUCCCGAUGGAGAUCAUGUGGUUGCUGAAGACUCAAACAUACUGGAAGCAAUGAGCACAGUGAACUUCUGGCUACUCUUCUUGGCAAUGCUAUGUGGGAUGGGUUCCGGAUUUGCGACUAUAAACAACAUGAGACAGAUAGGCGAGUCUCUUCGCUACUCUUCGGUUCAACUCAAUUCUCUAGUCUCUCUCUGGAGCAUAUGGAACUUUCUAGGCCGGUUCGGGGCUGGUUAUGUCUCAGACAUAUUCUUACACAAACACAGCUGGCCAAGACCGGUCUUCAUAGCCAUAACUCUAGGUGUUAUGGCUAUAGGCCAUAUAAUAGUGGCCUCUGGUUUACAAGGCAGUCUCUAUGCCGGUUCGGUUUUGAUCGGUAUGGCUUACGGUUCGCAAUGGUCGCUGAUGCCGACAAUCACAUCAGAGAUAUUUGGGAUCCGGCAUAUGGGAACGAUUUACUUCACGAUUUCGAUUGCAGGUCCCGUCGGGUCGUAUAUUCUCUCUGUGAAAGUGAUAGGUUACUUCUACGACAAAGUGGCAUCUGAAGAUGACAAUUCUUGUUUUGGAAGUCAAUGUUUCAGGACAUCGUUUAUGAUCAUGGCUUCUGUGGCUGUCUUCGGCUCUUUGGUUGCUUCUAUAUUGUUCUUCCGCACAAGCAAGUUUUACAAAAACCUUGUAGCCAAGAGGAACUUGAAGUGAGCUUGUAAAUUGUAUAUACUUGUGAUUUGAAGUUUGAAGCGUGAUUAUAGUAAGCGUCUUAGUCAUUGUGUUGUUUCAGACUUGAGACUGUUGUUUGUUUUGAGUUUUGAUCUUUCUAUGUUUUUUUGUUUAUAAUAAUUCUCGGAUGAUAUA